GCUGAUGGAGAAAUGGGGAAGAAAAUUGGCAGAAUGAGGUCUUAUUCUAAAGCUCCUGCCGCCCAUUAGUUUAUGAUGAGCUUGGAGCAGCAUCACACUUUUUAGCGGGCGGCUAAUUUUUUAAAUCUCAUCCCCCAAAUUGAAGAAAAAUCCCAAUAAUGAUUUUUACCUUCAUUUUUUUUUAACAAAUUUCAUUCUGUAUUUCAAUCAAAACCUUUGAAUUUCAUUUCAGCGUUAUAGCUAGGAGGCGCGCUUUAUCGACGAGUCACGUAUUGUGCCGCAGUUGUGUUUUCUCGUGCUAUUGCCGCCCCCUGCCGGCCGAGUUGAGGGAGGCCGUCCUGGUCACGUGUCAGUAGAAAAACAGGAGAUGACGACGACUACUAUCGUCCCGCGUUUAAAACCUUGAAAAAACAACACAUUGUCGCCAAAAACAAACUUUUUCACGGGCACCGCAUUCCAACGGCGAUAUGUUAGCUAAAUUACUCAUCAAAUGAUUUGAAAAUAUCAAGUCUAAAACGGUUUCGAUUUUGAUCGUUUCUGUCAGGAGCAGAAAAGAUCGUUUAGAAGUGAGUGAGGCUUCACUCCGGCCGGUGAUAUUCAUCCGCCUUGCCGUCGCGUCGGGAGGAUUGCGUUGCGAGUGAAAGCUCUUGGCUGCGGAGGAAAUCUCGGUGAAAAGGAAAGCAACUCCAGGACGAAAGCGACGAAAGGUGACCAUGGCGGAGCAGAAUUUGGAAGCCAAAUUGAAGAAGUUACUGAAGCAGGACAAGAUCCAGCUGUGGAAAGAGCCUUACACCGACGAGCAGCAGCGAGCCGGAAGUGGCCACAUGCAGGAGCUGGCGGAGCGCUACGGCGCCAUGCUGCGUCUGUCUGGGUCCGAGGUGGCCGGCGCUCUGGAGCUCAUCCGAGUGCAGGCCUUGAAGAGAGGUCAGCGCAACCACACCUUCAGGGAAACGGACGUGGCCACCUUGGAGCUGCUGCUGCCGCGGGGCUGCGGGAAGGACGGCAAGUCCAGGAUGUUUAUGGAGAGCCGCUUGGACGUGUGCGCUCAGGAGCUCAUGGAUAGGAUCGCGCGAGAAGUCGGUCUGAAAAGCUUCAAAGUCAUCCUGAACGGGAAGACUCUGAACGCGGGUCUGAGGCUGGACCGGCAGGGCGUCGGCAACCACAGCAAGAUGAUGGUCCUCAAGGUCAGCUCCGUCGCCGCCGCGCAGUCCGCUCGGCACGACGCCGACGACGCGUCGCCGUCCACCUCGCGCGACCACAGCGUCCAGCGCACGCACAGGGGCUUCCAGAUACUGUCUGAGAGAGACGGCACCGAGGACCCGGAGACGGCGCCCUUCCUGGAGGUGGCCGACCAGAAGGGAAACCCGCUGACGAUCCCCCGGGAGGAAAAGAAGGCGCUGAUCCUGGCGAUGGGCCUCCACGAAAAGGGGCGGGCCCUGAUGAAGAGGAAACUCUACGACGACGCGCUAUGUCACCUCCUGCAGGCCGACCUCCACUUCAGCCGCUGCGGUUCGGGGCUGCUCGGCGCGGUGGACAACUACGGCGUGCUGCAGCUGGACGUCGUCUGGUGUUACCGAGCCUUGGAGGCCCUCUCGUGCCUGGAGGACGGACGCGAGCGUCUGAGGCGGGCCGAGGACUGCUUCCUCAGGUGCUACGGCGAGCGCCGGCAGAGGCUGCUGUCCAUCAAGGGCAGCUCGGGGCGGGAGGAGGCGCUCUUCCUGCGCCUGCACCUCUUGCGGAGCCUCCUGGCCUUCGUGGACGGCGACGACCCGCAGGCGCGUCAGCAGCUGGAUCGGGCAGAGUCGCUGUACGCCGGCCUGUGUCCCGACGCCGACAAAAUGACGGAGCUGAUGCUGCUGGGCUUCAGCGAGCGGGAAGCGCGACUGGGCCUGCGAGCGUGCGGCGGCGACUUGCACGAGGCCUCCAUGCUCAUCGCCAACCAGCGACAGGAGCGGGAGGAGCUGCGGCGGCGCGAGCGCGAGAAGCGCCAACGGACCGAGGCCGGCUUGGCCAUCUUGAAGGAGGCGGGCUACGCGCCCAGGGCCGCCGCGGCCGCCCUGCGCCGAGCCGACGGCGACGUGGAACGAGCUUUCCGAAUUCUGCUGGACGCUAGCCAAACGAUCGCCACGCCCGACACGGGAGAGAAGGUCUCGCAGUUGCUGUAUUUGGGCUUCGAGCGGUCGGCGGCGGAGGCGGCGCUCGCCUUGACGGGCGGCGACAUCCAUUCGGCCACCGAGCUGCUGAUGGACAACGGGGGUUCGGUCCCUUCGGCGACCACGCCCCCCUCGGAGGAGGAGGAGCCCGGCGCGUCGUCCGGUUCCACGGACGAGAGCGAGCUGGUCAACGAAGUUCUGGAGGACAUCCCGAGUCAUGAGGACGAUUACUUGGACCUGACGCUGGAGGAGGAGCUGCUGCUCAUCAACACCAUCAAGACGCAUCUGGAGCGCACGCCGGCACAAUGACGCGCCGGCCGUCGGUCAGCGUACGUACCCAAAACCGAUGGACGCUCACAUUUUCUAUGGAAUAUCCCCUCCAAAAAUUCCUCGGGAGGCUCUUAACCUGUGUGCCGCUCGUCCAAACGCGCCUCGCGAUUGAUCGACGCGUCGUCCGAAUCGUAGACAACGCGUAUACGGAGCGCGAGAUGAGUCGCCGCGCACGUGUGUUUUGUAUAACAUUGUAGUUGAUGUCAAAUUGACAGAAAUUUCAAAUGACGACUCUGUUUUCAUGCACGUCAGACAUUGGACUGCGUACUUGAAAAUAUAUUUUUUUUUACUUCCCACUUUGGCGAUAAGGCGGGCAAACGGUGUUUGUUGCGGCGGGGACGAGCUGAGAUUUGGGGAUUUUCAUUUUUUGGAAAAGUGAAUGGCUCGUCAUGUUACAUUUGUCAAUAAUUUGCUGUUUUUAUGACAAAGGCUAUUUUUUGGUCUUGUGGUAAAGUAGGAGAGCAUUGAUUAGAUGUGCUCUUCCCUGAAAUGAAGCUUAUCCAUGUUGUUCAUCAUUAAAUAAUGAACAAAAUUAUCAAGGGUGAUUGUUUUUAAAUGCUUUACUAUACAAAAAACCUUUCUAUACAUGGUCUUUAAUAAAAAAUGCCUUACUAAA